ACGCCACUACAAAUGUUUUCAAGUUUUUCCAAUAUGGAAAUCCUGAGAGCAAGCAUACUAAAAACUUAUUCUGCAAUUGACGUCCAUCGUGUUAAAUGGAAUGAAAUACUUAAAAGUUUUGAAUCAUCACUUCAGGCUUUGGCAGGAUUGGUUGAUCAGUUAGAAUGUGUUCUAAGAACAGAACCUUGUGAGCUAUCCAGAAACUUUCCUGAUCUACAAGGUAAACUGGAACAGAUCAUCCGAGCCUUGGUGGAAGAGGAGAUGACUACAAUGACCAUUUUACUAGAGGAGCUUAAUCAAUUGAACCAAAAAAUAAAAAGCAUCUGUGAAGUUACUUAUAAAGUUUAUGUGGAUUACUGUGAUACGACACAAUCUAUCCCAGCAGUCUAUCAAGGAACAUCACUUUAUCCACCAAUUAGUCAAAUGAUUGAGUGGAUAGAUGAUAUCAACUUGUGCUAUGUCAAUAAGCUGACCAACGCAAAAUAUUUACUUGAAGUUUUCGAUUGUUCACCACAAGCUGUAAUAAAUUUACAAAGUAUUUUGAAUUUCAAGAAUAAUUUUUCAACAGUUGAUGCCAUAAUGGCUAAAAUGUCUAUUUUUCUUCUUGAAAACUAAAAUAAUUUUCAUACAA